AUGGACUCCAUCCAGCACAUCACCGUUAAAACCAACGGCAUUAAACUGCACGUCGCCGUCGCCGGAGCCGGGCCGCCAGUUCUCCUCCUGCACGGCUUCCCGGAGCUCUGGUACUCAUGGCGCCACCAGAUUGAUUUCCUCUCAUCCACCGGGUAUCGAGCCAUCGCCCCGGACCUCCGCGGCUACGGCGACUCCGACGCGCCGCCGUCCUCCGACAAGUACACCGCCCUGCACAUCGUGGGGGACCUGGUGGGGAUGCUUGACGAAAUGGGGAUUGAGAAGGUGUUUUUGGUGGGCCAUGAUUGGGGCGCCUUAAUCGCUUGGUAUUUCUGCUUGUUUAGACCGGAUCGGAUCAAGUCCGCCGUGAUUUUGAGCGUCCAGUAUUUUCCUAGAACCCCAACGCCCUUUAUUCAAGGCUUCAAAGCUGCUCUUGGGGACCAAUUCUACAUGGUCCGUUUUCAGGAACCCGGAAAGGCGGAGGAAGCGUUUGCGUCAGUAGAUAUACGAGACUUUUUCAAGAACAUAUUGUCAAAUCGUGACCCACGAGCUCCCUACUUACCUGGUGAAGUCAAAUUCAAAGGGGUUCCACCGCCGCCGCUAGCACCGUGGCUCACACCUCAAGACAUCGAGUUUUACGCCGAAAAGUUCACUCAAUCCGGGUUCACCGGCGGCCUCAAUUACUAUCGUGCUUUUGACCGGACUUGGGAGGUGACGGGGGCAUGGGCGGGGGCGCAAAUACAUGUGCCAGUGAAGUUCAUAGUGGGGGAUCUGGAUCUGACGUACUAUUUUCCAGGAGCUCAGGAGUACAUCCAUGGCGGCGGGUUCAAGAGGGACGUGCCUGGUUUGGAAGAAGUGGUUGUAAUGAAGGACACCUCUCAUUUCCUGAACCAAGAAAGGCCUUCUGAAAUCAACUCCCACAUUCAUAGUUUCUUCAACAAAUUCUGUUGAUCUUAUUCCUCUUCUAUGUGUGUGUAUCAAAUAAUAAGUAUUUUAGACACUAGUUGUCUAAAUUUCUCUCUCCUCCA